UUCAAAGUUAACUCUAUGCUAUUAUUUUGCCAAUAUGCCUGUAGCGGUCCAGAUCCUGAUACUUGCUAUCAACAUCCGGGAAGGAUCCAAUCUCGCCUACGUAGUGGAGGAACUACCGAUACAAAUACCAGGCUACUCCUACAGCUACUCUGUGGCUCUUUCAUGUCCCUUUUUCUUACAAGGCCUAUAGGUGUUUGAUUAGAUUCUUGGCUAGUUUGUGUCCUACACACUUCCGUACUAUGCCUCUGAGUGACCUUGGUGCCGAAACGUAUCCGAUGCUACUUGCCUGUACCGUCACGAUGCCCACUGAGCUGGCUACACGAGUUGUCCAUGUGCCCACUGAGCUGGCCGAUCGACUGCAACAGAUGCCCAUACACGCAAUGAUGCAGCUGCGCCAGCUGCUAUGUACUUAUGAGAUAGGUGCACUUACUCUAGAGCGGACGCACGGGCCAGACAAGUCCUCACUUGAAACGAGCUCCUUCGGGCCAUACGGAGCUUCAACCGAGCCCCUCCCUUCUCUAUCCCAAUCUAGACAAGCGCAGCCGCAACGACAGCCUGCGCGACUGUCGACAAUCUAAACCCAAACCGUCCCAAGAACGCAGCCACACAACAAAGCAGCCGGACAGGCUUUCAACCUCA